GAUGGAAAGCGAACAUAUAGUAAGCGAAGUAGGCUGCGAAGGGGAGGUCUCGGCGUGUGGUAGUGGUACACAAUGGCUUUCCUGAACAGCUUUCUUGUGGGAUGUUUGGUAGUUGCUCCUGUUUUCACUUCUAUCAGGCAUUGAGAGUUAUCUCAGCAAGUCCGAGUCAGGAUGAUGAAAAAGAAAUUUUGAACGUGCCAGUGAAGGAUCAGAAGUGUGUGAUUUGGAGUGAGAAUCAUUUUCCUCUGGAGCCAGAAGCGCAUUCAAGGGAUGGUGAACCCCUUGUGCUCAGCCUCAAAAAAGUGUCCGAAUGAAGACGAUUUUAGUGAUUCCUGUGAAUCUGCAAAGAAGCUGUAUCCAAUAAACACAGAUUUAAUUAAGAAGGAAAUUAAAGCUGAUGAAGAGGAAGAGAGUGGCUGUGAGGAAACAUGGCUUAAAGGGUUUUCCGUGUACAUUGAUGAAGUAACUCAGUCAAGUACUCAAUCCAUUGUUGCCGAUGUCAGCUUAAAUACUUUUGCAGAUGCAGUGCUGGAUUCCAGCACAGAAUUUCAAGGCAGUGUGAAUGAACAUGCGAGAACAGUGUUUGACGUUGACAAACCAUUUCAGCCACCUGCAGAAAAUGUACCUCCUCAGUGUUUUGGUACCAGGAGACUGAGGUUCCAAAGUGCCUGGUACACAGAUUUCCCAUGGCUCCACUACAGCCCUCAGUUGAAAGCUGUACUUUGUUUUACAUGUGGGAAAGCUGAAAGCAUGGGCUUACUAGGCUUAACAAGGAGAAAGGAUUCUGUGUUUACAGUACUGGGGUUUUCUAAUUGGAAGAAGGCUCGAGAGAAAUUUGGAUAUCAUCAAAAAUCCAAGAGUCAUGAAUUUGCAACAUGGAAGCUAAUGCAUGCCUUGCAGAAUCAGAAGAGGGAAGCAGCUCUAGAACAACAAAGGAAAGUCCGUCAGGCCAUCCCUGCUAUUUGCCUAAACAAACUUAUCUGUGCUAUACGGUUUUUAAUUCACAGAGGUCACACAUUUCAAAGUCACGAGUCAAUUGAGGAAAGUUUAUUUGAACUUCUUAAGUUUCUAGGCCAAGACAAUGAAAUGUUCCGAUACUGGCUUCUAACUAAUCAAAAUUUUACUAGCACAGAAAUCCAGCAUGAAAUAAUUAGUUUAAUGAGCCAUGAGAUUAUUAGUUUUAUUACAAAAGAUGUGAGCCAGGGCUCCGUGUACUAUUCUGUGAUUGUGGACUGCAUUCAAAACACAGACUCACAGCAGCUAAGCCUCUGCUUAAGGUACUUGGAUUCUGAAAUGCAGGCCCAAGAAGAGUUCAUAGGCUUUAUUGAUCCAGCUGAAGAAACUGGGACCUCUGCUGCAGAUCUUAUUCUGGAUAUUCUUGAUCGAAAUUCUUUACCAAUUGAUCUUCUUAGAGGGAUAGCAUUUGAGGGUUCAACCAGCCUUUCGCGUUGCUAUAUUGAAUCUUGUUCCUUGCUAAAACAAAAGCAGCCACUGGCUAUGUUUGUUCAUUGUGCAGCACCUUGUAGUAGUUUAGUGGCAAGAGACAGCAGCCAAGCCAGCACUCUUUUGCACCAGACACUGUAUUCUGUAAAUGACCUUUGCAAUCUGUUCAGUAAAAGCAUCAAAUAUAGGUUUUUAUUUGCUGAAGUUACUCCUAAACCUGAUUCUUCAACCCGAAACUUAAGCUCCUCAAAGUGGUGUGUUAAUUUGUCUGUGGUCAAUGUAGUUAUUCAGCACUAUGGGCUCAUCAUCGAGGGUCUAGGAGAAAUGGAAUCCGGCACCGGUGAGGGUGGAGUUAAGGCACACUUUGUUUUAGAAAAAAUUCUUGAAGGAAAUACCUAUGUCAGUUUAUUAAUUAUAAGAUCCAUAAUGGAGUCUCUAAAUAUCCUGAAUAUAAAGGUAGAUGAUCAGAACUUACUUAUGUCAAGUACACUGAAGAAAGUGAGGUUGGUGAAAGAAAUAUUGGCUCGAUUGAGACAAGAAGCAACUGUAGUGGAUCUCUUAAGGCAAGCAGAAGAAGCCGUAACUAAAUUUAAUUUGAUGCCUGUCGCCAUUCCACAGCCUCGACGACUGUGCCACCAGCCUCAGCAAAGUGCUGAUCCGUUGAGUUUUGACAACAAAGAGGAUUUUUUAAAAAAUGAGUAUCUUAAAAUGCUUGAUGCAGCCAUUUCUCAAAUAGAGAAUAGGUUCAUGCAACAAGGCUUUAUUGAGUACUGUGAUUUGGAAGAUGUGCUUCUUUGUGCUGGUAAAGGAGGAGAAUCUGAUCGUAUUAUUGAGGAAAAAUUGGCUUUUCUAUCUAAAUAUCCAGAGUUCAACGUGCGGAUGCUUAAAGUACAGCUUGAAAUGUUUGCACACAAAAAAAGCUUUAGUUCUCUUGCAGAGGCUGUAAGUAUUUACAAAUCAGUCAGUCCUGAGGUCAAGGAAUUUUUCAGUGAACUUGGAAAAUUCUUAAAACUCCUGCUUAUUAUACCUGUGUGCACAAAUGACAAUGAGCAAGUCUGUUGUCCCUUCCAGAGGCUUCGAACUGUGCUAGAGUUUACAACUGCCGAAACUCGAUCUAGUGAUGUUGCGGUCUGCUUUGUGAAUGAGACCCGCUUAGACAAUCUGUGCUUGGAAACAGUCGCUCAUAAUUUUGUUCAUGGAGUAUAAAUAAUUACAUUUUAAAGGAGAAUGAAUACCAUUUUAAAAGUGGGGUUCCAAAACGUAGGUGUCCCUAAGUGACUACUUUGACUUACCAGACACCCCGGGUCGGUGCUCCUAUCAGCAGAAAAGCUCACUGGCCUGGGGUUCUUCUAGCGACCACCACGAAGAGAUCGUCUUCCUGCUCCUUUUGGUCUUCUCUCAACUGCACAUGUGCAAUAGAGCGAAAAGUCGAACUAUAAAAAAAAAUGCCGGCUAUCUUGCUCUACUGUGCAUGCGUCUGCCCUGGGUAUAUUUGAAAACCGAAGAAGCAAGAAGAGCAUCGUACUUUGUCGCUUGCUAGAAGAACCCUGUGCCGGUGCGGUUUUCUGCGGAUAGGAGCGCCGUCCUGGGGGUUACUAAAAGUAGUCACUUGGGAUUGCCUAUGUUUUCGAACCCCACUUGUAAAAUGGUAUUCGUUCUACUUUAAGGAAAUAAUAUAGGUAUCAAUGUCAUUAUAAACUAUUAUUUUAAUUGUAAAUACCUUUAACAUCUUGGCAAAUAGUGCAGCUAUGACUGCUAAUGCCACAUUUGCAAUAAAUUAGGGAUGCACCGAAUCCAGGAUUCGGUUCGGGAUUCGGCCGAACCAAAUCUGAAUCCUAAUUUGCAAAUGCAAAUUAGGGGUGGAGAGGGAAAUUGCGUGACUUUUUGUCACAAAACAAGGAAGUAAAAACUGUUUUCCCCUUCCCACCCAAAAAGUAGAUUUAUAAUACAUUUUAUGUAUAAAUCCAUCCAUUAAGCAAGUGUGGCUUAAACUUGUAUUUUUGCACAGCUCUAUAAUAUUGUAUAUAAAUGUAUAUUUUUCUGGCAUAUAAAAAUAAAAGUUACAGUAAUUUUAUUUAAGAGAAACCACUUUACAGUGACUUUCUAUAUUGGACUGUAUGUGUUACAUCUAGGGGCAGAUUUAACAGUUUAACAAUCCUGUUAUUAUGCAGCAGACUCAAUGUUAACCUUUCCUUGUCCUUUAAUGUAUCAGUUCAUUAGUUUUAUAGGUAAUGCAAUUAUACAACCAAUAGAAAAAUCUCAAGGAAUCUGGGACGCUUUGGGCCCUUCCUCAUCAAUUGUUCAUCUGUUGUUAUAAUAUCCCAAUUCCUAAGGACACUUUGCCACACAUCACUACUAUUGGGACCGUAUCUGCCUAAAUAGUACAUAUCUGGAUUAUUUCUACUUAUACUGGCACCAUUAUCUGCACCUUUGCUCCUCAUUACUGUUUCACGAUCCACUUGUGAUGGUGUCCCUAAUCAAUUCACGUGGGUAACCCCUUUCCAAGAAUUUUUUUUACCCAUCAACUGUAAAUCCUGUUUUCUCCUGUCGGGGUCACUAUCUAUCCGGAUAAUACGCAACAUCUGAGAUUUGGGCAACAAAUUGAGUAAAUGCUUUGGGUGAUGGCUUUUAUAGUGUAAUAUCGUGUUUCUGUCUGUGGGCUUUGAAUAAAUGCUCGUCUGUAA